AUGAUGCGGCAAGUGUUUGGUAUCGGCGUCGACGUUGCGCUGAUCUCACGCUUUGAACGAAGCUUUGCGCGCUUCGGAGAGAGAUUUCUUGAACGAGCUUUUCACCAGGAAGAAAUUCACGAAUUCCGGGUGCGACCAAGCGCCGAGCGCGCGAUGUUUCUGGCGUCUCGAUGGGCGAUCAAGGAGGCAACAUUGAAAGCUUUUCAGUAUUACCGCUUGCAGUUUCCCGAAAUCUAUGCUAUGCGAAGAGGCCUCGACAAUUGUGUAAUUCCUACCUCGUUGCCUGUGACACAGAAAUCCCGGGCAUUAAGACUGCAGUUCUCAGGCGCGACAGAGAUUUUAGCCAAGCGACUGCAAAUUGUGGAGCCAUUAGUGUCGAUUUCGCACGACGGAGAUUACGCUAUAGCGUAUGUGUUGUUGCAGCAGGAAGUGAAUAGCACAGCAGAAAAAGUCGAGUGA